AUGGUUUCGGAAUCAACUAUGCAAACUAAUAAUACAAAUUUAUUGGAAUUAAAAGGGUUUCAGAUCUCACAAAUUGCCGCCGAUCCAAUAGGACGUUGUGUUGCAUUAUGUGGAAAUGAUGGACUUGUAAUAUCUCCGCUGAAACAUCCGUCACAGUAUAGUGCAUUUUCUUUGCCUUCAAAAUUAGGAUGCUCUGGACUUGCUUGGCAUCCAACCGAUCAUACAAAACUUGCAAUUGCACGUUCUAAUAAAUGUGAACUGCUUUGCUGGGAUGCCAACGAAUGUCGAUUAAGUAUCAACACCAGUCUGGGUGGAUAUGUCCGUGUGAUCAACUCAUUGGACUGGAGUACAGUCCAUCCAUUUCUUUUGGCCACUACAUCUGCAGACCAGUUUCGUGCUAUUUGUGUUUGGGAUUUACGUGAUAUGUCACGACCAGUUCGAGCUAUGGAAUCCCUUUCUUCACCGGUUAUUGUCAAAUGGAAUAGGUUUUUGAGUGGGAAAUUUGCGACUUGUCACUCAUCGGGUGUUAGAACUUGGGAUCUGCGGUCUAAUGUUCCAGAACAAUAUAUCUCUGUACAAGCUGAUCAUGUACGUGAUUUCGAUUGGUCUCCUCAGAAUGUCAAUCAAAUGGUAACAAUCAAUGAAUAUUCUGAAAUGCGUUUGUGGGAUAUUGAAAAUCCUUCAUAUCCAUUGAAAAAGGUUCGAUUGCAGGAAAUUAAACUGAGGAAAGUAAUUUACACUCCUUCAGGCGAUCAUAUCAUUAUUUUACCGGAACAGUCUCAUUGGUCAGUUCAUGGGAUAUCUGUGUGGUCUAGUUCUAAUUUCACACAAUCUCAUGAUUUAUUUCAAACAGUAAAAAACGAUGAUAAUAGUAACACGAUUAGUAAUGAAAUUACUAUGAAUAAAACAACAUCCACUAAUAGUGUAGCUAAUUCAAAUAAUAAUAAUCAUAGUAACAAUAAUAAUGAUAGUAAUAUUAAUCACAUGAAUGAUCAACAGAUUUGUCAACCAUGUUUUACAGAUUCAUAUAUAUUAGAUAUGAGUUGGUUAAUGUGUUCAAAUCCUCUAUUCUCCUCAUUGACAUUGACAGAUGAUCAUGAAUUAAUGACAAAUUUAAUGCCAGAUGAUGAAACAUCAACAACAAAUCAAAGUUUAGAAUGUUGUCCUAAAAAAAAUGUACAUUUACUUACCUGGUCAGUCGAUCACAUACUUCGAGUUUAUCCAAUUCAUUUCAAAUCAACUUUGCCUAAUGAUUGUGAACCGUUAGUAAAUCAACCAAAUAAACAAACACGAAUAAUAAAAGAAGAAUCAGAAGAGUCACUUGAUGAUAAAUUAUCAACAAAUUUCAUUCCAAAAACAAAAAAGUUUGGUAAUGCUUCGUCAAGCAGUUUAAAUAAAGCAAAGGUUGUUGACUCACAACUUCGUAGUGAAGAUUAUGGUCAACGUUCUUCUGUCUCCAAGUCUUGUUUAUCUGUUUCGAAAAGUGGAAUGAAUGCAGAUCCAAAAAGUGCAAAUCAAGAAGAUAGUGCGUUUCAAUUCUUAGCUCAGGAAUUAUCUUUGUUAAGCCAUAGAGCUGGACAAUAUAAGUUAGAAGAAAUGGAUCUUAUUAAUCGUACAGCAAAAUUAAUUCUAUUCUACUGUCGCCGUAAUCAUCAUCAUCAUUAUUCGUUAUGUUCAGUGACUAAUACAUUUCGAACACGACGUCAUAGUUCUGUAAUGAAUAAUGAAGGGCUUGAUAGUCUACUAUUACCUUCAACUACUGAUCUAAUUUCGCAAAUGGAAUUUUCUAAACAUUCAAACUUUCGGAAAGUACGCCAUCGUAAUUUAUCAUCAACAACUGAUACUGACCAUACAAUAUCAAAUCAGACUAGCACUAGUAAUAGUUCUGUUAGUGUUGAUAAUGAUGAGAAUACACAUUUAACAAACUGUUCGUCAACCCAUUCAUUUACCAUAACUAUGGACAAUAACCAUGAAUUACAAAAUUCAAAUGUCAACAAUAUACGUAACUGUGAAAUGCCAUUAGCUGGUUCGAUUAUUUUAAGUAUAGAAUUUCCUGAUAAUUAUCCGUUGAACGGAGCUAUACCAGAGUUUCAUGUACUUGAUUGCAGUCCAUCAUUACCUCCGGAAGUAUUAGAUGAAUUAAGAAAUGUUUUAUAUUCAACUGCAACUGAACUAGUAUCUACCUCACGUGGUUGUGUUGAACCAUGUAUAAGAAAUGCUGUGAUCACUUUACAAACAUAUCCUACAUCAUAUAAUCAAAUAGAAAAUAAUUUCACAAAAUUGAAAUUGUCCAAUUCAUCUCAUACAAAUCAUGAUAUGUUUAAUGUUACUGUGAAUAAAUUAAACAGAUCAACUAUGGAUACAACAGGUUUAGUUAAACGGAAGUUUCAUCAUACAAUGGGUAUUCCUUUCCCUAGAACAUCUGGUGUUCAUUUUACUACAAAUGGUUUAAUUGUAACUUUUGGUCUGCCAGAAUCUUUAUCAUUUAUACGUCAUUCAUUAGAAUCAACUUCAUCAGAUGAUAAAUAUCAAGUAGAUUUAACAAAUAAUACUGUGACUACUACUACUAAUACUGCUACUGUUAAUAAUAAUAAUAACAAUAAUGAUAGCGUUAAAAAAGAUUGGACACCACAAUCGUUUAAUGAAUAUCAAACAUUUAUUCAUCGAUUCUCAUCAACUAAUCGUGAAUCUAAUAAUGAUAUGGGUAAAUCAUUUCAGAAUUGUAUUGGAAAUAUUAUUGAUUCGUUUGCUAGAUUGGAAGAACAACAGCAACAACAACAUCAGCCACAUCAAAAACAAAAAUGUAUCGAUAAAAUCAUUGACAAGAAUAGAUUAUCUUUUACUUCUAAACGUAACCCGAAUUCAAUGAAUUUAACGGCAACUAAUAAUGAUGCUAAUGAUGUUGAAUUAAAGAAUUCUUUUGAAUCUGUUCGUGUCGCGGAACAAAAAUGGCUCAAUUCCAUGUCAACAAAAUGUCCUAACUCUGCCGACGAAAAUAAUUCAAAUGAAGUGUUUCUUACUCAUUUCAAUAUGAUUUAUCCAUCUACUGUUCAAAUUUAUGAUAUGAGUCCUUUAAUUUGGGAUCGGCAUUUAAUGUAUGACUACAGUUUAAACACCACCAAUUUGCAUCAAAUGUGUCUUCACAAUCUUCAAGCAGCCCAUAAUACUCAUCGGAAGGAUCUAAUACGAUUCUGGCAAUAUGCUCUAGUGCUUUCAAUUUCAUAUGGUAAUACAGAUUAUUCUCAUCAAGCUUAUCAACCUCUAGCUUCACAAUUAAUUGGAAGACCGUUAUUUGAUACAUGGUAAGUAGUUUCUAAUAAACUAGUUGUGGUGGUGUUUCGUUCUCUGAGCUGG